AUGAGACUAGAAAUAGUUCUUUUCUUUGUUGUGUACACAAGUGCAAUAAAACUAGAUGGCCUCUUAGAAAUAUCUUCACUUGAAGAAGAAAUAUUCAAGAAUGUAUCUAGUAAGUUGGCAGAUAUUAUGAAGAACGAUGAGGCAUACAAAAAAGGUUUUAUUGAGCUAACUGUUUCUGAAACUAACGAAACAAUUGAAAGUGGCAAAGGAUUACAAGAGCUUAUCCGACAGUUGAAUUUACAAGAUAUUUUAAUUGUUUUUCGAUCAAGGAAGAGUUCACACAAUGAACAGGAAUAUUUUCGUUUACCAGAUUUUGGAUUAAUUCUUUUGGAUAGCAAAUGUGAAAGCACAACGAAUCACUUACUAACUAUGCCAAUUAACUUUCCUGAUAAAUUUGUGAAUUUAUUUGUUAUUUGCAAUAGUUUGGUUUCCAAAACAUCAGCAAGAAGAAAUAUGAAUUUUAUUAAAGAUGAUUUGAUGGAUCUUAAAUAUCGCAAAUUUAUAUCAAUCCUUAUCUUCAACUCAUCAGAAUAUGAAAUUUCUUCAGGAUUGACGGAAGAUAAAAUUAUAAAGGUAGUUCAGUACGAUAUGCAGCCAUUUACAAAAAUUGUCAAUAGAAAGAUUACUGGACCUGAAGGUAAAUUUUUGGAUACUUUUUGUACGAAAUACAAUUUGACUUAUGAGCUCAUAAACUCAAACAACAUAACAAAUCAAGUAAAUUUUGCUGAAAUUCAAAACUCAAUCUUUAACGAGAUCGCAGAUUUGAAUCUCAACAACGGUUUCUCCAUUUCUCAUCCACGAUUUGUGAAGAUUAAUAUUGGAAUACUUGAUGGAAGUUGCAUGUUGGCUCCAAAAAAUAUUUACAUUUCAUCUUAUGAAAAUUCUUCUUUUCCAUUUGAUACCAUGACAAUUGUACUGAUGAUAGUCUCAAUAAUUUCAACUAUUCUUUUGUGGAAAAUGCUUUCGAGUUAUGCAAAGACACAAUUUAAAAUCUCGUUCAUAAUGAUAAACAUCUUCAAGUGCACGAUUGGCCAAGAAGUGUCAGGUGAAAAAAUUAUGUCAAGAAAGGAAAAAAUUGUGAUUUACAGCUACAUUUUUGCAUCUAUGAUUUUUGUGAGUCUUUAUCAAAGUAUUUUAAUUGCUCUGAUGUUAUCUGAGCCUUCAUUGAGAUCAGUUGAAAGUUUAAAAGAACUCAACGACUCAAACACUAAUAUUUACGAAUAUAUGCAUUUUGAUAGUGAUUACACACCAUCAUUUCGAGAAGAAAAAAUUUUAACUAAAUUAGGUGUUAGGGGGAAAUAUGCUCUAGAAUUAAGCGUUCCAAUGAAUUUUGAUCAAAAUUUGGCUUAUUUUGUGACCUGUUCAUAUGCUGAUGAAUUUUUAAAAUCUGAGCGUAAUUAUGAUGGCAAUCGUCGAUUGUUGGAUAAAAUACCUGAACAACUCAGUUUUUUUCCUCAACAGUAUAUUCUUUCAUCAGCUUUCCUUUUGCGAAAGGAAAUCGAAUUUGUUGCCAGUGUUUUGAGGGAAUCAGGAAUAAGAAAUUAUUGGAUAUCAAAAGCUGUUGAUGAUCCCCUUGAUCAAAGCAAGAAAAAAGUUGUGCAUGUCGAAGAAAAAAGUUAUGUUGACUUUAAGAAUAUGAUAAUGCCAUUUGUUGUUCUUUCUUCUGGCGCUGUAUUGGCUUUAUUUGCAUUCAUUUUUGAAAUCAUUAUUAGUUUCAUGAAUGAGAGGAAGAUGAGAAAAGUAGUAAAAGUAAAGCAAAAUCCGAGACGACAUUCACCGAAGCAGUUUUUAAAGUAA